CCGGCGUUGGGUGAGCGGCGGUCGGGGGCGCCGGAGGACCGCGAAGACCGGGUCAGGGAGGGCCUCGAGCGAGCCUGCGCGGCGCCCCCGGAGGUCAGAGAUCCGGCACUUGCUUUUACACAAGAAUCUGGCAGAGGAAGAAGGCAAUCUAGUGCAGAAGGAAGGAUGAGGGGAGAGCCAGACUCAGUUUGUCCAGAAGCAAGAAAAGGCCCUGAUGCCACCGAGGCUGGGAGAAGAAGGGAGCUGUGUGACGGAACUGUGCAGAAAAGCCUGGGAGAAGAUUUUCUUCCUUCAGAUGGGCAGCUCCAGCAAUUCAGGCACUUCCGCUACCAAGAGGCUGAAGGCCCCCGAAAGGUCUGCAGCCGACUCCACCAUCUUUGCCACCAGUGGUUGAAGCCAGAAAGACAUACAAAGAAGGAGAUCCUGGACCUGGUGGUCUUGGAGCAAUUCCUGGCUGUCCUGCCUCCAGAGAUGGAGAGCUGGGUCAGGGAAUGCAGGCCGGAGACUAGUUCCCAAGCAGUGGCCCUGGCAGAAGGCUUCCUCCUGAGCCAAGUGGAUGACAAGAAUCAGGAGCAGCAGGUGACAGAAGAGAUUGUGCAGGAGUGUUACCAGGGAGCAGCUUUUCCAGGCACGGCCUUGAAGGUACAAUCUUUGUCCUCUGUUUGUGGCAGAGAGAAAGCAGCUUCCAAGCGGCCAGAUUGGGCUCCGGUGACCUUCGAGGAGGUGUCUGUUCAUUUCACCGAGGCAGAGGGGGCUCUGCUGGGUCCAGACCAAAGAAGCCUUCACAAGGAAGUCAUGGAGGACAACUGUCAGACUGCGGCCUCUCUGGGAGGACUUCUAGUACCCAGACCGGACUGUAUUUCCAUGGUGAAAGGAAAUGGAAAUCCAUUUUUCCAGGACCCAGGAGAAAGAGAGAGAUCAGCAGGAGCAGAGACUGAUGGUUCCCAGAAAGAGCCUGAGGGAGAACCAGAACAGCUCCCAUUGAAAGAAGAACAGCAGAGAAGAAACAAUGGAACAGAACAGAACAGGGGGGAUGGAUCAUCUGCUUCUCAGGGUGCUGAGUCCAAGGACGUCCUGCCAUACCAUGGAAGGAUCAGUUGCCCCAUAUGUGGAAAAACAUUCAUAUAUCCAUCAGCAUUUGAUAGGCACUGGAGAACCCACACAGGGGAGAAACCAUAUAAAUGCGAGGACUGUGGAAAGAGCUUUUCUCUAAAGAGGAACCUAACUGUCCAUCAGCGUAUCCAUACAGGGGAGAAACCGCAUAAAUGCAUGGAGUGUGGAAAGAGCUUUGCCCAGACUAAGCACCUUACUAUCCAUCGACGUAUCCACACAGGGGAGAAGCCAUAUAAAUGCAUGGAGUGUGGAAAGAGUUUUGCUAAUAGUGCAGCGCAUAUUGUGCAUCAACGUAUCCAUACGAGAGAGAAACCAUUUAAAUGCAUGGAGUGUGGAAAGAACUUUGCUAACAGUACAACGCUUAUUGUCCAUCAACGUAUCCACACAGGGGAGAAACCAUAUAAAUGUAUGGACUGUGGAAAGAGCUUUGCUAACAGUACAACUCUUACUAUCCAUCGACGUAUCCAUACAGGGGAGAAACCAUAUAAAUGUAUGGACUGUGGAAAGAGCUUUGCUAAGAGUACAGCUCUUACUAUCCAUCGACGUAUCCAUACAGGGGAGAAACCAUAUAAAUGUAUGGACUGUGGAAAGAGCUUCACUCAGAGUACACAUCUUACUUCCCAUCGACGUAUCCACACAGGGGAGAAACCACAUAAAUGCAUGGAGUGUGGAAAGAGUUUUGCUAAUAAUGCAACGCUUGCUGCCCAUCGAUGUAUCCACACAGGGGAGAAACUAUAUAAAUGUGUGGACUGUGGAAAGAGUUUUGCUAAUAGUUCAGCGCUUCUUGUCCAUCAACGUAUCCACACAGGGGAGAAACCAUAUAAAUGUGCGGAUUGUGAAAAGAGCUUUGCUCAGACUAAGCACCUUACUGUCCAUCGACGUAUCCACACAGGGGAGAAACCAUAUAAAUGCAUGAAGUGUGGAAAGAGUUUUGCUCAGAGUACACAGCUUACUGUCCAUCAACGUAUCCACACAGGAGAGAAACCAUAUAAAUGCAUGAAGUGUGGAAAGAGCUUUGCUCAGAGUAUGUACCUUUCUGUUCAUCAACAUAUCCACACAGGGGAGAAACCUUAUAAAUGCAUGGAGUGUGGAAAGAGCUUUGCUUAUAGGGCAACUCUUAUUGUCCAUCAGCGAAUUCACACAGGGGAGAAACCAUAUAAGUGUGUAGAUUGUGGAAAGAGCUUUGCUCAGAGUACACAGCUUAGUGCCCAUCAACGUAUCCAGACAGGGGAGAAACCGUAUAAAUGCAUGGAGUGUGGAAAGAGCUUUGCUCAGAGUAUGUACCUUACUGUCCAUCAACGUAUCCACACAGGGGAGAAACCGUAUAAAUGCAUGGAGUGUGAAAAGAGCUUUACUAAUAGUGCAACGCUUAUUGUCCAUCAACGUAUCCACACAGGGGAGAAACCAUAUAAAUGCAUGGAGUGUGGAAAGAGCUUUGCUAGCAGUACAGCUCUUACUAUCCAUCGACGUAUCCAUACAGGGGAGAAACCAUAUAAAUGUGUGGACUGUGGAAAGAGUUUUGUUCUGAGAACAGCUCUUACUGCCCAUCGACGUAUCCAUACAGGGGAGAAACCAUAUAAAUGUAUGGACUGUGGAAAGAGCUUUGCUCAGAGCACACAGCUUACUGCCCAUCGACGUAUCCAUUCAGGGGAGAAACCAUAUAAAUGUGUGGACUGUGGAAAGGGCUUUGCUAACAGCACAAAUCUUACUAUCCAUCGACGUAUCCAUACAGGGGAGAAACCAUAUAAAUGCGUGGACUGUGGAAAGGGCUUUGCUAACAGCACAAAUCUUACUAUCCAUCGACGUAUCCAUACAGGGGAGAAACCAUAUAAAUGUAUGGACUGUGGAAAGAGCUUUGCUCAGUGUACACAACUUACUGUCCAUCGACGUAUCCACACAGGAGAGAAACCAUAUACAUGUGUGGAAUGUGGAAAGAGCUUUGCUCAGCGCAUGCAUCUUACUGUUCACCAACGUAUCCAUACAGGAAAAUUUGUAUAAAUGCAUGGAGUGUGGAAAGACCUUUGCUCAUAGUUCAGGCCUUACUUUCCAUCAACGAAUCCACACAGGAGAGAAACCAUGUAAAUGCUAAGAAUGUGGAAGAAACAGGUUUUUUGUUUCAUAUCAAAGAAUUCAGAAAGGAGAGAAAACAUACAAAGUCUUUUGUGGGUGUGUGAAGGGCAGGCAUCUUUUUAGGAGGGAGUAGGAGAAAUUUUAUAUAGGUUUUAAUUUGAAAUUUUUUAAAAACAUUUUGUAAGUUGCCUUGAACUACAUGGAAAGUCAGGUUAUAUAAAUGGUUUAGUAAAGAAAUUAUUAAAUAAAUGCUUGCCACAGCUUCAGCCACAUGCCCAGUCUUAACCACGUGUCAUGAAGUGCAGUCCAUGCAGGGGAGCAACCAUGCAUUCUGUCAAAGGAGUCAGAAGAGGGAAAACUUUAGAAAUGUGCACUUAGUAUCUAGCGUUUUUGUGCAAAAGCGACCCCAUGUUACACAAUUUCUGGUUUGUUCAAUUCCCAGCUAAAAUAAUUGGAAUACAGUUUCUUAAGAAAUAGGAGCAACUCGUGUUACUACAUAUUGUGGAGGGGUGUCAGUUAAUACAGUAUGUUACUUAGAACUGGGCUUUCUGCGCCACUUGCCAUAUUAUGAUGGGGGAGGGUUCUCCCUCCCUCCUAGUCCCUUUGUACCUUCAGUAGUCGGCACCAUCCAACCUAAAACAGUUUGACUCUUCACCAGCCAUUCGGGAAGCUGGUGUGCCUCUGUGUUCGUGCAGAGUUCUAGAGAAUGGCUGAGAAGGAGGCUCGUGGCUGAGGCUCGGACAUAGCUUAACCAAAGAAAGAUCUUUACUGUACUACAGCAGUUAGAGAGAUGCAUCA